UGCCGCCCGCCCGCCCGCCCGCCCGCUGGGAGCUGUCCAGUGCUGAAACCCCGCGCAGACAGCCAAUCGCGCCCGGCUGGCCGCCUCCCCCCACCGGGGCCCCACGCAAGUGCCCCCGCCGAGCCCCCCGCCAGUCGCACCAUGCCGCGCUCCUUCUUGGUAAAGAAGAUCAAAGGGGACGGCUUCCAGUGCAGCGGGGUGCCGGCCCCCACCUACCACCCCUUGGAGACCGCCUACGUGCUGCCUGGCGCCCGGGGGCCGCCCGGGGACAACGGUUAUGCCCCGCACUGCCUGCCCCCCAGCAGCUACGAUGCGGACCAGAAGCCGGGCCUGGAGCUGGCGCCGGCCGAGCCCGCCUACCCGCCGGCGGCGUCGGAGGAGUACAGCGACCCCGAGAGCCCGCAGUCCAGCCUGUCCGCGCGCUACUUCCGCGGGGAGGCGGCCGUGACCGACAGCUACUCCAUGGACGCCUUCUUCAUUUCCGACGGGCGCUCGCGGCGGCGGCGCGGCGGGGGCGGCGGCGGGGACGCGGGCGGCGCGGGGGACGCCGGGAGCGCCGGGGGACGCGCGGGGCGCGCGGGGGCGCCGGCGGGAGGCGGGCACCGGCACGCGUGCGCCGAGUGCGGCAAGACGUACGCCACGUCGUCGAACCUGAGCCGCCACAAGCAGACGCACCGCAGCCUGGACAGCCAGCUGGCGCGCAAGUGCCCGACGUGCGGCAAGGCCUACGUGUCCAUGCCCGCGCUGGCCAUGCACGUGCUCACGCACAACCUGCGCCACAAGUGCGGCGUCUGCGGCAAGGCCUUCUCGCGUCCCUGGCUGCUGCAGGGCCACAUGCGCUCGCACACGGGCGAGAAGCCGUUCGGCUGCGCGCACUGCGGCAAGGCCUUCGCCGACCGCUCCAACCUGCGCGCGCACAUGCAGACGCACUCGGCCUUCAAGCACUACCGCUGCCGCCAGUGCGACAAGAGCUUCGCGCUCAAGUCCUACCUCCACAAGCACUGCGAGGCCGCCUGUGUCAAGGGGGCCGAGCCGCCCCCGCCGCCCCCCGCCGGCGCCGCCAGCUGAGCCGCCCGCUGCCCUCGGGCCCCCACCUCCAUCUCCGUCCUCUAAGCGCCCCAGCAGCGUUUCCCUGCCCACGCCCCUGGGAGGGUGGGGGGAACAACCCUCCCCCACCCCCCCAUACCCACUCCCAGCCCAGAACCUUCCUCUCCCGCCCCCCAGACCCACCACUCACAUCCCGCACUGGCUCCCCGCGCCCCCCCACCCCCGCGCCCUCACCCCGACCACAUGACCACAUCGUCCUUUCCGAUCCCCAGACCCGGACCUUGACACCCCUGUACCCGCCCUCAAGGCUCCCAACUCAGGCACAAGGUCCGCACCUCUCCCGGGCCCCAGAGCCGGAAUGUUCGCCCUCUCCCAGACCCCGCACCUCUCCCCUAUCAACUUUCAGACCUUUCCUCUCGAUUCUCAGCUGAGUCUCUCCUACUAUUCCUCUAUCGGAACCCCAGUCUAAAGCCCAAACCUACCUUUGACUCUGUCCUGGUUUCCCCAUCCACGCGGUACACAGGCCCUGCAGCUCCCAGGCCACAUUCCAACCCCAGACCCCCCUUCGGCCUCUGCUGAGUCUUGCUGUAUGUGUGCCCAUCUAGGGACUGAAUCCCUCUUUGGAGUCCCCCAGUCUGUCCCUGAUCCCCUCUGUAACCCGGCCUUAGGUCCAGUCAUUCACAUCCCCCUACACUACGCUCACAUGUAUUUCCCACUCUCUUCAGUCCUGGGGCCUUCUCAACCACUCCCACCCCCUAUUCUCUCCAGACCCCUUCAUCCCUCCAGUAACUCACACCCCUUUGAGUUCACCUGACCUGGGGCAGACUUGAGGGGCAGUUCAGGCCCUGCCCCCUAAUGUAGUCCUCCUCUCACCCCAGGACAGCCCCUCCCUGGGCUUCCAGCCUCCAGCUGCCCUCUCCCCAGAUUCUCUGAGCACUUUCCCCCACCCCCAGGACUACAGGUACCCCUCCUUAUUUGUUGGGGGGGGGAGUCUGGGGCACCUCACAAAUGCCCUUCCCCCUGUCUGGCUGGGCCUCUCCGGUUAUUUAUUUAUUUAUUUAUUAUUUAUCUAUUUAUUAUUAUAUUUAAUCUCUUGGCCUCACCCAGGGAUGGUCUGGCUUCCCCAGCUGGACUGGGAGGUCAGGAAGCCAGGCAAGGAGAGGGACAGCAAAGGCCAUAGAAGGCUGUCCCCCCCCACACACACACACACCCUAUCUGGGGAGUGAGGGAGGAGCCUCACCCUCAUCAGAGCCUGAACUCUCUGGGGAAGGGGGCAUGAGAAUGGGAGGGAUAGCCUGCUGACCCUACACUUGGGGGGUGAGCUGUAUGAGGAGGUCCAGUCAUGGGGCAGGUCCCCGCCCUCCUGAGCCUUCCACUCCCACUCCAGGGAGACCGCAGAGAGGAACCUCCUCAAUUCGUUUCCUAUUUAUUCCUCUUCUUGAGGGACCCCAGGUUCCAGGGACCGACUGAGCCCCGGACCCCACUGGGGCCUCCGGCCCACUCCGCUCCCUCCCGGGAGGAGCGCUCCCUCCCGGCCAUGUCUAUGCAACUCUCCCGGGCAGAGGGGCCGGGGCUGCCAGCCGCCCCACGUUGGCCGCCACUACCUCCCCCGCCGCGCUUUUGCAUGCCCGGGCGAGGACCGAAGCACACACCUCCACGCUCACAGGCCCUGGCCCCCUCUGCUUUAACUAAGCACACGCCUCUGCCCCAUCACUAGGCGCCCAGCUCUGGGGGCAGGAGUCCUGGACUCUCCUACCUUCCCUCUCUCCCCUCAGCCACAAAGGAGGGUGGAGACUGGAGGGGCCGCUGGAGCAGGGGCACUUCUCUAGGGCUUCUCAAAGCUCCAGGCCACCUGGGGAAGGGAGGCAGCAGGGAUGUGGGGAAGGGAGAUGGGUCGCAGAAGCAAUUACGGAGGGUGUUGACCCUGUAAAUAGGAACUUCCGACAGCAAUAAUUUUCCAUGCAUGCUAAGCCUUUUGGCCAUAUUUUGUAUGAGCGCUUGGCGCUCCCCCUCCCUCCUCCUCCCCCAUGUCGCACCCCAGACCCCUGUCCCUUCCUCACCUCCAGCAGUAUUACUUGUAACGCAAUUCAGGGAUAUUAAAGGGACU